AUGCAAGUUUCCUUGGAAUUAUUUGGGCUUGUCGGCCAUCAUCCCUGCGAUUGUAUGGUAAUUCGCCAAACAAUGGAAGGAAUGAGGUGCUGGGAGAAGAGAAUAGAAGCGGAUGGAAAGCGAAAGUCGCGACGAGAUAUGUUCUUAAAACAAAUAUUGAAUCUGCCUCUAGAGUUCAUCAUUCAGCCUUCACCAAACAACUCAACCCGCACUGACACUCUAACAGUGUGGGAUUUGUUCGUUAUUAAUAGACGACUCGGCCAUCUUUCAAAGUCAUUUGAAUCGGACACGUUGCGGUAUUUUAUCAACAUCAUACUCUAUGGUUUCUUGGAACGACUUUGGAGGAGCGCACAGCAUAUCCUCCCCCCCGUUUCAAAUAAAUUUAUGACAGAUACCAUGGAACACAACAAUACCGGCUGGCUACAGAGCAUCAAACCAACCUUAAAUGUGGGGGGAUGCAUGGAACAUUGA